AUGUCGAUGGAACUUCCCACAGAUGACACUGGUGAAGAGCUAAUACUCCGCGGUAGACCAGAAGACCUAAGAAGAGCGUUAUGUAUGGUGUACGAACUGGCCAAGAUUUCCCUUACAGAAGAAAUCUCCGCAUCCACCCGAAGAAGUCAGUGUCAUCGCCAGGCGACUCAAGGCCCGGAUAGCGGAGCUUGGCCAUGGAUACUUUGCGAGUCGAUCCUAAAUAUUUCUGACACAUCAUUGGUCGACAGGUCAAAACACAAUACAAAUAAAGUUGUUGAAUACUUUUUGAUCGUCCAUGGCAGACUACUUCCUUUUUUCUCAGGCUGA